AAGAAAGGAGGGUGAAGAUGUCUUAUGUCGUCAGUGUAACUGAAGAUGUGAGAUGCGUUAUGUUUACAAGCUUCACGGAAUUGACAUGUAGAAUCAAAUGUAACGUUAAAUUAAAUUCAGAAAUAUUUUCAAUUUAACACUCGAAUCAUGCGUUACGCGAAAUGUCUCGGUUCUCUAAACGUUACCGCCUUGGCCUGUUAUUACGUAUUCGGAAAUGUAAUCGCCGCCGAUGAUGAUUCUAAUUUCGGACGCAUGUACAAAUGGAGGAAUCUACAAGAAGGUUUCCAAGAGGCGAAAAUUUCCAGGAAACCGAUAUUUCUGUUAAUCUACAAACCGGGCUGUCCGACUUGUGAGAAAUUAAAGCCUAAAUUUACCAAUUCGAUCAGAAUCCUCGAUCUCAGCCAGCACUUCGUUAUGGUGGGUGUGAGAAAAGGUGAGAUUCCCGCGCGAGACGAAGCAAGAUUUCAACCAGAUGGAACCUACGUUCCAAGAAUCCUCUUCUUCACUCCGGAUGGCGAAUUUAUGAAAAAUAUUUAUAAUCGUCAUCCGAAAGCCGAUGAUAAAUAUAAAUAUUUCUACAGCAGUACGAGUCAAAUAAUAGAUAGCAUGAUUUUGGCAUUGGAACGUUUCGAAGAAUCGUUGAAUGAUACUUUCGAUGACAUAAUAAAAAAGAAAUAAUACAUUUAUCAGAUAUCAAUCUGACUCUGCUAUUGUCAUUACAGUGCUCUAACUGAAAUAAAUUUAUUUUUUAUUACAAAAAAUA